AUCGAUCACGCCAUCACCUUCUGCAAACCGUAUCUCAACAUCUUCACCCAGCAACUAACCCUUCUUUCCCUCGAGGGCUCCGACUACGGCGACAGUGCUCGCAAGGUGCACAGCCUCUUCGCCUCGGCGAGCCGCUUCGCGGAGUCAUCGCGCAGCAAUCUGUCGAUCAUCUGGAUCGAAGACAUCGACCGUCUCUGCAGCAAACGCACCGACUACGACCAAGAAAACACGCAGAUCGUCUCCCAGCUCCUCACCUGCAUCGACGGCCUCCGCGUUUCCAAUCGAAUUCUCGUCCUCGCCACCACCACGCGCCCCUUCGCGCUCGACGAAGCGCUUCGCCGCGCCGGCCGCUUCGACAAGGAAAUUCCCAUCCUCCCGCCCACGCAGCUCCACCGACGACGCAUUUUAGAACUCUAUUUCGGGGAGUUUCACGCCGCGCAGCAGGUCCAGCCGCUUCUCGACGAGCUCGCCAUGCUGACCCGCGGUUAUUCCGGUGCCGAUCUGGAGAUGUUCGUGCGGCAGGCGAUGGUGGCGUCGAUCGAGCGGUCCGCGGCGCUGUCGCUCGCGUUUCUGGUGUCGGUUCUCGGCGGGAUCGUGCCCACCGUGAUGAAGAACGAGGAGAAAGUCGCGGGAAUCGACUGGAAACAGAUCGGCGGAAUGGACGCCAUCAAAACGCAGCUCCAGAAAUACAUCGAGUGGCCGUUUCGCUACAAAACACAAUUUCAACGUUUCCACUUAGCGCCUCCCCGCGGGAUUCUCCUCUACGGACCGCCGGGGUGUGCCAAAACCACGCUGGCGCGCGCGAUCGCGUCGGAGGCGCACGCCUCCUUCUGGACACUCAACACUUCGCAGGUUUUCACGCCGUACGUCGGCGAAUCGGAGUUUAUCAUUCGCUCGCUGUUCCAACGCGCGCGCGCAGCCACGCCGGCCGUGGUGUUUUUGGAUGAGAUCGAUGCGCUGGUUUGCAAGCGAAGCCUCGCGGGAGGUGAUGACGUCGUGCAGUCGCGUGUGAUGGCGACGUUUCUCACGGAGAUGGACGGAAUUGAGAAUAGUGAUGGAAUUAUUGUGAUUGGAGCGACGAAUCGACCGGACAUGAUCGACGAUGCGCUGCUGCGACCGGGAAGGCUGGGCGAACUCAUCUAUGUUCCUCCUCCCGACUUGGAGACUCGGAAAAAGAUUUUUGAAGUGUACACGUCCAGAAUUCACGUCGACGAGAGUGUGGACCUGGAUGAAUUGGCUGAGAAGACAAACGGGUUUUCGGGUGCAGAUAUUGAAAGUGUGUGCCGAGAAGCGGUAUACGAGGCGCUGAGAAGGGACAUCAACACGCAGUUCAUCACUCGAGAGAUGCUUUUGUGCUCCAUCGCAAAGACAAAGCCGUCGAUCACCGAAGAUAUGAUUACGCACUACACAGAGUUCCAAAAUGCCUUUUAUCAGGAAUAA